UACAUGACGCCAACAAUAACUUCACAGCAACUCAACCUUUAGAUCUAAACUUGAUAGAGAAAAGGUUAAUUACAGCAACCCAUGACUCCCCCGCUUUCCCUCCGCCGUCACCCUCAUAUAAAAUGUCGGUUCAAUUGUCAAAUCUCCCUCAGCGUCCCCUGAGCAACUGACCUUCGUCAUGUUCCGUCUCUUUUGCAUCGCGCUGUUAUUGCUUUCUGCUCAGCUCACUUUCGUUCACGCGGACGAUUCAACGCCGCGUGUACACAACUCACACACGCCCAGGGCUCUCACCGGACUCUUGGGGCGUAGCGCAAAGUUCGCGCAGAGGCAGUCGUUAGAAUGUCCCACUGGUGAUCAACAGUGUACUGACAAUGAAUGCUGCAGCGUCGGUUCCUUCUGCUGCAAUGACCAAAUUGGUGGUUGUUGCCCUAUUGGUUCAACUUGCUCGACUGGGACGGAUUUCUGCACUGGUAUUGUCAGCGGUGGAAGUAGCAUUGGCGGGGUUAGCAGCACUGGUGGUGGUAGCAGAGGCCCGUCGGCAGGGUUAUCUACUUGGCAGGCUGCCGGUCUUGCAGCGAUCGCCGGCGCGCCACUGUUCGGUGCUGCGUUUUAACAGAUCUCCAACAUUCAAAAAUGAUACCUUCCAUUCGAACGUUCGAACAUUUUUCUUAUUCCUUCUACCCUUCAGGGUUCGUAACGA